AUGGAAUUCGAGACUUGGAACUGGAUCUUUGACACCAGAGAGUACUGGGCAAGGUUCAAGACUAGGCUCAGGAUCCUUGAUGCUGUUAAGCUAGCUUCACAACUAGGCUCUGGGUGUUUGACACCUGAUGGGGUCGCACCAACUGCUAGAAAUGCCAUCUAUGUUGGAAAACAGAUUUCUGAGGUAACAUCCCUUACGAAUUCCGAUGACGAGUGUCAACCCAAUGCAGCAUUAGUGGAUCACAGAGUUUCAUUUGAGUUACCCGGGGAGGAUGUUGCACGAUGUCUUGCAAAUAAAUCAGGAUCUUCAUUGAUUGGAAACAUCUCAGGUGAGAAGCCUGAACAUUCUACUGGAGAGGGAGAGGAGCAGUGCUGUCGUCACUCUUCUAAUUCUUCUAAAGAAUUUAACUUUGACUGCAGAAAAGGUGUUGUUUCUGAUAAUUCUGCCAAUGCCUCCGAAUGGUGGACUAACAAGAAAAUUGUUGGAAAGGAAGAUAGAUCAAGCAACAGUUCGGCAUUUUUCCCAAUGACUCGACGUGUAAAGAGGGAGGGUAGUUGUAGACGUGUAAAGAGGGAGGGUAGUUGUAGACGUGUAAAGAGGGAGGGUAGUUGUAUAUAG